AUGGCGCCCUUUUUCUACUAUAACGGCUUGGCAGCUUCAUGGCCCAGAAUUCGGUCCUUUUUCCAGGCCCUCCGUUUGCACGAGGGUCCUCAGCAACGCAUCGGGGCCGCAGGAUUCUGCUGGGGCGGCAAACCCGUGCUGACUCUGGCGCAUCCAGAAUCUCUUACUGAAGAUGGCAUUCCGCUUGUUGAUGCUGUUUUUACAGGCCAUCCAAGUGGCAUGUCGCUGCCUGGGGAUGCAGAGCCAAUUGUAAGACCUGUCUCAGUUGCUAUCGGAGAUAGAGAUAUUGUUACGUCCAUGUCUCAGGUUAAUGUGAUGAAAGAGACUUGGAAGGAUCUGGAUACGCCUACAGAGGUGGUGGUGUAUCCUGGAGCCGGGCACGGAUUCUGUGUGCGGGUAGAUGAGAAGAACAAGAAUCUCUUUCAGCAGAGCAAAGAGGCGGAAAAACAGGCUUUGGACUGGUUUGCGAUGCAUUUUGGUUAA